ACGUUUGGUACAUAAAAAAAAGCAUUAUUAGUAGGCAUUAGUAGUACCUAGCACCUUUAAACAUAUCGCCUUGUCAUUGGCUAGCGAUACCCCUAAAUAUUAUUACAUUAAACUACAUGGAACCCGAUACUUAAUUGAACCAAUAGCUAUAAAAUGCGAGGCUGCCUUUUCACAUUUCUCCAUAAAAAAUUACAUACAUACACGUAUCUACACAAGUGAAAAAUUGACCAUUGACCGUUAUUAGCUAUUUUUAUUCACAACCACAUAAUAAGAUACAAAACUAUUGAUUUGAUUGCAUCGAAUGACUAACAUAACGAAAAUUAGAACUCAUACUCUAUGUUAAUUACUUACUUUAAUUCUAAUAAUAAUUAACAAAUUAAUGUACAUCUGUCCAGCACUUUCUAAAUGGCAAAAUAUAGUAUAUAAAAUAUUUGGUCAUGAAUUGUCCGAGAAAGAAGGGUUGAUAAUAGAACCAUGCAUAGGCAACUGGCCUUAUUUUAGCUAUGUCCUAAUUAAUAACCAAAUAGACCAUUAAUUUUAGGGUCUAAUUCCAAACGAAAUCCGAACCCCAUUUGCUGCUGCUCUCUCGGAUGAUGAGAGCAGCCAAUCAUAAUCACACAAAGCCACCCACAAUACCUCUCGUCACUACCGCCGCUGCAACUGCACCCAGCCACCAAUGCCGUCACCAGCUUGGCAAACUCCGUUUAUUCUUAUUUUUAUUCCCAUUCUCAUCGUCAUAUUCUCCCAACUUCUCAUAACCAUCUCCGCUGAACAAUUCAAUCACCACCCGAGGCGGGCCCACAACUUCCUCGGCAUAAACGAGAACGAAACCACUCAAAAUCAUGAUCAUAAUCACAAGAAGCACAAGAAGCACCACGGCCACCGCCGCCACCACCACCACCACAUCCCGCUCUCCCGCCAGUUCGUGGAAGCGCACAACGUGAUCAGACGACAAUUGAACGAGCCACCGCUUACGUGGGACAGGAACUUGGCACGCUAUGCUCGACGCUGGGCCACGAAGCAGCUGGAUGAAUGCAAGAUGAUGCACUCUUUUGGUCCCUACGGGGAGAACAUAUUCUGGGGUGGGCAGGAUCACUGGACAGCGACCGAUGCCGUUGAGUCUUGGGCGAGAGAGAACCAGUUCUACGACCCCAUGACCAACCAGUGCCUCUAUGGUGAGAUGUGUGGACACUACACGCAGGUGGUGUGGCGUAGCAGCCUCCGUGUGGGCUGCGCACGGAUGAAGUGUCACAAUGGCGGCGUUCUUGUCUACUGCGAGUAUGAUCCACCAGGCAACUACAUUAACGAGAACCCUUUUGGGAAAGUGUUCGAAAUGCCCUCUAGUACUACUUCUUCAGCAGUACCACUAGAUAUUAUGUCUACUACAGGAGGUUCCGGAUAAUAUUAAUUACUUAAUUAAUUGUCAUAAUACUUAUAUAAUAAUUAAGUCUCCUCAUCUGGUCGCGAUCAAAGUACGUACUCACUUUUGGCUUUUGUAUAAAACGAUUGAACCAUUUGUAUUAUGAAAUAAGGAAACUGGCCGCCUUUGGGGGUCAUCAUCAUAAUCUGGUGGGUUUUGUAUUUUACAGAUUUUUUGUUGUUAUUUCAGGAAAUAUAUAUUUUAAAAUUUAAGAGCAAAUUACGAUU